GUGAUGGACACAUUUCCAUCAUUAUGUGCAAAAAGGAAAUGGUGACACAAUAAACCCUGGUCACCACAAAUGUGAGUUGUGUAAAGAGCGGACAGUCAACAGCCCAAACCUCCUCCUCACAACUCAGAUCUUCUCAGUUUUAAAGUGAGGGAUGGGUUCCGCUAUACUGAAAGCUUUUGUUGGAGCAGCCGUCAUUUUUGAGUGCAGCUACAGACCCGAGUACAGAGACCGGAGGAAGUACUUCUGCAAGACUGACGACACGUCUUGCUUAUCCAGCGGCAUCUCCCAACCCCCUGACAAGAGAAUCUCUCUGUUUGACAACAACAACGGGUUGUUCCGUUCUCUCUUCACUGCGCUCACGGAAAAUGAUUCUGGAAAUUAUAUGUGUAUCGUAGAGACAGCUCCAAAUGUUUACAUUAACACUACAAAGACACUGAGAGUGGAUCCAGAUCCACUUUACAUGCAGUCCAUCGUGAAGUCGGGUUAUGUCGGCGGUGACGUCAUCAUCGAUUGUCCAUACCCACCCACCAGUAACGGCAGCGUCAAGUACUUCUACAGACAGAAGGGCAUGUCCGCUUACCCUGAGAUCGUGUCCUCUCAGUCCUCACAGCCAAACUCAAGGUAUUCCCUGGUAGCCAAAGACAACGAAACACAAGUCUCCUUGGUGACCAUCAGGAAGCUAACCCCCGCAGAUGCUGGGAGCUACUGGUGUGGAUUUAGAACCGGGGGUUUCCUCGGAGGGAUCACCAUGACAACAGAGGUGAAACUGCGUGUCUUCGGGGGUCGACUGAGGUCGACUACCGAUUAUGGAAGACCGACAUCACCGGUGUCAAAAACACCCCCAGUAUCAACAUCCUCACCACUGUCCAAUGUACUGAGCGUGAUCCUCGUUUUGAUCUUGGUGGUGGCUGCUAUACUGUUUGGAGGCAUGAUGUACAGGCGUAGAGUGAAGAGGAGGAGAGCGCAAGUCUCUGCCAGUCAGGCUGCGCCUCAAGGCAAUGCAGUUUCUCCAUCAGCAGCUACCGGUGUCAUGGCAAUGGCUCCAUGCGACAAGUCUGAGGACCGCAACAACCCGCAGCCUGAGCACGUUUACCUGAUCCCCCUGCCCGACACCACUCCACCUGGCGGAGGAGAUCACGAGGCAGGUGCACCCACCAGCAGCUCCUCUGAGAACAUCUACGAGCCCCUAAAGUUCAGCCCCUCUCAGGCUGACGGCGGCAUAUACCUCACCUUAGAUCCUAAACCAAAAGAAUAGCUAUGAAUAGUUCACAUGCAAAAACCUCUAAAUCCGCCUGACCACUGUUCAUUUGACAGAGGUUUUUUUUUUCAGGCUCCUAUAAGUUUUUGCCUACAAAUUAUACAUUUUAUACAUAUGUCAGACCAUUUAGCUAUGUAUACUAUGUGGGGUGAGCAUAUUACUCACCAUAAUUAUCUAAUUUUUGACAGAUGUGGCGUUUAGAAGGUUUUGUAUCGGAACUUUUGUUCAUACAGUUAAACACUUGGGGACAGAUAAUUAGCGGGGAGUUUUCUGUCCACCUGACAUGUGAACCUGAGGUGUGUUUGAAGUACUUUAGUGACAAACCUAUGUAAGUUCACCCAGAGGAAACAAUAUAAAUCUCCGAAUAGAACAGCCACAUGGCUUAUUUCUCCUGCUGUCAUAGCUCAACAAAUAUACAACUGUAGGCCAAUGAUUUUAGAAGUUGAAGACACUUAACAGUGUAGAAUACUCCCUGAAGUAAUGGCCCAAGGAACUUAGUCAUUUAAAAAAACAGCAUUUUAUCAGACACAUUAGCCUGUUUAUUUAAACUUCCUUAUCUCAGAAAAUAAAGUAGAAACAAGUUCAAACUUCUGCAGAGUAGUUGCUGGGUAUAAUAACAUUAUUGACCUAAAUCCAAUACGGUCAGGCGGGAAGUUUUUCUAAAAUCUGUUGAUUUGGCAUGGAAUGGCCUUUUUGCCAUGCUGUAUUAAAGGCUUUUUUGAUACUUUUCCAAUACAGAGUGCCUAUUGUUUUUUAUUUAAUUUUUUCACCCAUUUUAAUGUUUAGUAGAUCUCAGACACGAUCUAAUGCAAAAGUGACAUUGUAGCUUCAAACAGUAGCUGUAAUGGCAUUAGGGUUAUCCUAAACCAAAGUGCAUGCCAAUCGCUGCAAAGACAAUGUGUGUGUGUGUGUGUGUGUGUGUGUGUGUGUGUGAAGGCAAAUGCUAAAAAAAACCCUGCAACAAACACAUCCCCCAUUGUCAGCAGUUGGCAUUAGCCUUACUCUAAAGAAAUGUGCGUGCCCAUCACUGCAAAGACAAAGUUUAUGAUUGUACUGCAUGAGAGUAUACUGUGUGAUCAGAUAGAUGGUUUGAAUAACCUACAUUAUAAUCAACUGAGCAAAGCUUGAUGUUUUACAUACAGUACUCGUUAACCUUACUUUGAAUCUCUACAUUGGCUAACUAUCGCUGUGUAAAUUGUGCAUUUUUAAGUGUCUCCAAGACUAAUAUAUAAUCAGCAUAGGCUAACAAAGGGGCCAUAGAGGAGGUAUUGCAGUGCCCCCUGCAGUGUUUCUGGACGCAGUGUUGUCACAACAUUGAUAUGAAUGUUGAAUAUGAAAUAUUGACAAACGAGUAAGCAGACUUCUGUAACAUGUCGCUUUGCAUGCUGUGUAUUAGUUAGGACACGCUACACUUACAACAACACCAAUUACAGUGGGGAUGAUUAGGGGGCCAGUUUGAAUGAGCCAGGUUGGAAAUUUAGCCAGGACACACCGGGGAAUCCCUUAGUGAUGUACAACAUUACUUUUUUCAUGAUAACGUUUGUGUGUUUGUGUUCAUGUUGUGUGUUUUAUGUGCAUGUAUGCAUGCAUGUGCAAUGGCUUCAUUAAACCUGAAUUGAGUGAC